AUGGAAAGAAAGAUACCGCUACUUCGCCUCUUUCUUGGACCGCCGGCGCGAACACAGUGGUCGGGGUGGCUGGUGGUUUCGGGAUCCCGUAGAAAUGCUUCUUUUAUGCCUCGGGUAUUAGCCACAGCUCGUAUUCAUUCAGUAAUUCUACCCCUUCUUCAUUCUUGGACCUCGUUUCUUAAUAUUGUGACUUUUCUAUGCUGUGUCUUAGGAACCUUUUCAAUACGGUCCGGAUUGCUAGCUUCCGUUCAUAGUUUUGCUACAGAUGAUACACGAGGAAUCUUUUUAUGGCGGUUCUUCCUUCUAAUGACCGGCAUAUCUAUGAUUCUUUGCUCCCAGAUGAAGCAGCAGGCAUCGGUCCGUAGAACCUAUAAAAAAGAGAUGGUUGUGACGCGAAGUACUCUUGUGCACCUACGUCACUCGGCUCGCGCGCAACCCCGCCCCCUUAGGUUAUGGAAGAAUUGAACUUCUUGCUGGGCUGGUUAUUCAGAGCCAGCAAUUGGCUGCCAGAUUUCGUCCCGCAACUAGAAGAAGAUCGCUUCGGGGGUCACUAUGGCGCGGCUGAAUGUAGAGCAGUCCGCCCCUACAGCCUUUGAUCAGUAGAUUAUUUAGAACUUCGGAAGAUGGUCAAGGCUCUGACAAGACCAAGCCACUGCACUAGAUGCGCAUGUAGUCGUAGUAGUCGGCCCAGAAUGCCUCUGUUCUAUAAAAAAAGACUACUUUGCAUGAAUGGGGAAUUACGUUCGUUCUUUGAUCUGCAGAAUAAGGCCUACGAGCUCUCUGUUUUAUGGCAGAGAUCUCUCCACACCAAGGAACCGAAUCACAAUGGAUCGACGCCCUCCUUUGAUUUCCACUUAGUUAAAUUCUAUCUCUUUCUUACGAAAUUG